AUGGGCCUUUGCUCAUCGAGCUCCCUCUUCAAUGAAGGUAUCUUUCUCCGAAUUAUGCAUCUUUACAGGCGCAAUGCUGCCAAAAUGCGCAGCGAUUUGAUCAAACUUGGUAAAUACUCGCCGAUGAUCAUAUCCAGAUCAAUAUCAGCAAAAAUGAGUUCGGGUCAACGACUCCUGCUUACUCGUCGGAUGUACGGCGAUCGCCAGCAAACCAUGAAGAAGACAUCUGUAGUUGGCAGAAGGGAGCAA